CUCUUGCUUGAGUUACCCAUCUCUAACUGUCUGGCAAAGCGGCGAAAAAUAAACAAAAUAUUGGAAAUUGGAUAAUUGCUGGGUUUAACAAGCUAAACCCUUCCUAAAAUGGUUUACAUUCACUUUCCCACCAAUUUAACUGAAGAGGAGCAAAUGCUCCAGGCCAAGUACCAAAAACUCAAAAAGAAGAAAAAGGCUCUGCAGGCGCACAAGGCUCCAAAGCCGGAGCCGGAGAGCUCCUUGACUCUGAAGCGUCCUACAGAUGCUCGAGAUGCACGCGAAGUGGCCCGAAAACUGAUCAAAAGUGGUGCCAUUCCCGCCAUUCAGAAGCAGACUAAACAGGAUCAGACCUCCUUCAAGCGGCCCAAAGGACAGGAAAGGGCCAAGCGGUCUACUUCGGAGACGAGCGUCGCCUCCUACCAACCCUUCUCCUCCACCCAGAAUGACGUGGCCCAGGAGACAAUUAUCAGCGAGAUCAUCAAGGAGGAGCCUCGUCGGCAAAAUCUCUACCAGCACUUUGCCACUGAACGGGAUCGUGAAGAGCGUGGAAUGCCCGAGAAGGUGCCGAUGGACACCGCCCAGCCGGAGAAGCCACGGGCCGGAAACACGAUCUUCGUGUCCGGCAACAAGGUAACUGAGGACUUCCUGAAGAAGACCUUCAACGACUACGGCACCAUAGUCAAUGUUUCCAUGGAGAUUGAAAAGAGUCGUGGCUUUGUUUCCUUCGCCAAACCGGAGUCUGCUGAUCGAGCUAUUGCAGAAAUGCAUGGCAAGAACGUGAAUGGCAUUAAUUUGCAGGUGCAGCUGGCUAGACGUCAGCCCCAGAUUGAACCCAUUAACGAUGCCUCCUCGUCUGCGGUCUGGUCAUCCAUUGCUGCUAGCAAAUCCCAAAAGGGCAGCCACAAGGAUCACCGCGAGAUGGUUCAAUACGAUGAGGACUUCUUGCUUUAAAGCGCCAAUAUCUUUAGAAGUUAGUUUUUAGAUUUAGCUUUCAACUUUCACCUUUUCACCUUGGUAAGAAAACACAAAUUUCUUUAUUUUAUAUCAUUUUGCUUUAUUGAAAAUACGCUUCUAUAUAUUUAUGUAUAUAUGUUCACUUUCUGGCUAAGUACUCGCAUUUCAAUUUAUAACGUUCAAAUGAAUUCAAUGAAAAAGAGUGUAUGUUUUGUAUAUUAAUUCCUACAUUUUUGGUCUAAAUUAAACAACAAUUUGUUCAACAACUGAA